AUGAGUGCAAAGCAAGUUCUUAGCACAGCAGAUUAUGCUAUCAUACUGAUUUUCCUCUUACUAUCUGCUUUAGUAGGUAUAGGAGCCAAGCUGACGGGUGGUAAGCAAAAAACUACUAAAGAAUACUUUUUAGCUGAUAAAAAGGCUCCAAUAAUUCUUAUUAUUAGUUCUACAACAGCUACACUAUUAUCAGCAAUAUCUAUGCUUGGUUCGCCUGCAGAAGUUUAUCGAUAUGGAAUUCAUGUCGCUGUGCUUGCUUUUGGUAUUUUUGUCGGUAUCUUUUUAGCAUCUAUUAUAUUUACACCAGCAUACUUUGAACUGAAAGUCGAUAGCAUAUAUGAGAUUUUAUAUAGUGCAACGGUUCUGUACGCACCAGUACUGGCGCUGAAUGCAGUGACAAAUAUACCUCUUGAGAUGGGAAUCAUCUUUGUGGAUCUGUAUGCACGUUCUAUUGUUUGGUGUGCAAUCUAUUUUGCAAAGGGAGGACUUAAAGCUGUUUUGUGGACUGAUUUAUUUCAAACUGUACUCAUGUUUUUGUGCUUGUUUAUCGUUUUUGUUGUCGGCAUUGCUGAAGUUGGAGGAAUUGGAAAAGUCUUCAGAAUAGCAGCUGCUGGGAAUCGAUUGCAAUAUUUUGACAUGCAGUUUGAUUUCACUAGCAGAGCCACCUUUUGGAAUAUGUGGUCUAGAGGUUUCAUUUUAGGCAUUUAUCAUUAUGGCGCCAAUCAGGUAGAAGUGCAACGAAGCCUUUGUAUGAGUGAUUGUAAGAAGGCGCAAAGAACUCUUCGUUGGAGUUCAAUAACAAUUGCUAUUGUCUAUAACAUGACUUGUUAUGCUGGGAUAGUUCUCUAUGCAGUAUUUUAUUUGUGCGACCCUAUUAAGUUUAGUGAACACACUGGUUUAACUAAAUAUGAUCAAUUACUUCCUUACUUCAUCAUCACCAGACUGAAAUCUUUUCCUGGACUUACUGGCUUGUGUAUUGCCGGAAUUUUCAGCGGAAGUCUUAGCAGCAUUUCGUCAGCUAUUAAUUCGAUGUCGACUGUCUCAGUUAUCGAUUUCGUGAUGCCUUCGUUUCCUAGCCAACUGAGUCAAAGAAUGCUUGUUUUGAUAGCGAAAGUAUUGUCUUUGGUAUAUGGGAUAGCGAUCAUUGGAAUCACUUUCACCAUAUCCAAUAUUGAUAGCAUAUUCCAGGCAGGGACAGCCUUUAUGAGUUUAGCGGAAGGUCCAGUUCUCACCGUGUUCCUGAUUGGAGUACUGACAAGAAAAGUGUCAGACAAAGUCGACAGUUUUAUACAGGAGAAAAGAGAUAAAAUACUUAUUAGAGAGCAUGCAAGAAAAUUUCUGGGAGAUUACUCCAGAUGGGACACAUUCGUUCUGUAUAAAAUAGCUGCUGGUUGGAUCCCAGGCAUUGGAACUUUUAUUGGACUUGUCGUAUUACUAACAACAAGCCUUCUAAUUGAUCGCAAUAGGAACAUAAUAACAUCAGAUUCUAAGUGCCUCAGCCCGGUUGCUUAUUGGUGGAUGUCUAAAUCCUCUCAGAUAAAGCAAUCAAAAUCAAAUACAAUCUGCACAAUGAACCAAGAAGAUGAAUUAUGA